GCUGAUUACCAAAACGGGUCUUCGGGAAUCAACACCACUGAGCAGUGGGUUUUUUUCCCUGACAAAAUGAGGGAAUACAGGGGAAAAAAAGACUUCACCCACAGCUAUCCUUCUGGGACUGGAAACUAAACGAGACAGAGAGGAGAACCAGAGGUGACCUCACACGCUCACCUGAACUUUCUCUCUCUCUCUAUCUCUCUCUGGCAAAAAAAAAACAGGUAUCUUUAGCAAGGAUAGUGAUCUCUCUCUUUCUCUCUCUCUUUCUCUCUCUCUCUCUCUGGCAAGUAACAUCUUGAGCAAGGAUAGUGAGAUAGUGACAGUCAUCAACCCUCUCACAAUUAUCCGCCUUUGUGAUCACGGAGUGAAAGUUUGUUACAGAUAUGGCCCCAGGGGGGAAUGUAAGUGUGUGACUGCAGAGAAAGCGACGCCCUGCCUGCAUCAAGAUGUUUCACGUUUCUCCUGCGCGCUCUUUGAAAAGGUCUGCUCGGAAGAGAAACAGGGAAGUCUUUAACGUAUAGUCCCAGGUCCAUGUUUAAAAGUACGAUGAAUAAAAUAAUUUUGCGUAAGGAUUUUUAAUCCAGGGGUUUCCAUUUUUGCGUCUGGAGAAUGGAGAGCAGCAAACUGAGGACGCUCAUGCUGCUGGAGAUACAUUUGCUAUGGGUCUUUGCCCUUUCUGUGCAGGGGCACUCAAGUCCAAAUCGCGAGAAUGUGAUUGACCUUCUGGCCGCUCUAAACAUGUCCCACCACAUAAGCAGCAUGGCCAGACUGCAGAGUCCUGGCGGUGUGACAUACAAACUACGUCCAAGAACACCAUACCUGACUCUUCCUCGUGAAUAUUCCCACUUCCUUUACACCAAUGUUCAGGGUAGCAUGGGGGUCCAUGUGGUGGGGCAUCAGACAUCAGGCUCCACUGCCACUCUUCUUUCUCUCUCCUCUGCGUCCUCACCCAUUCUUCAAAUCAUCUCCUCCACCCUCAAUAACACUCUGCGUUUGGACUACCAGGCUGGAGGAGGACCUCAAGGCCUUUCCAGCUUUCUCUUCCCCGGGAAAAACCCCUUCUCCAGAGUGGAGGGGGUACAGUUGGCUGUGAGCCUGGAGACUGAUAGACUGACAUUUUUUGUUGACUGUCAAGAAGCUGUGGUUCUACUGACAAAAAGGGAAGAGAGAAUCAACCUGGAACUGCCUCAAGAUGUUGUUGUCACUCUUGCCAGCACACCAGGAAAGAAAGACAGCAAAUUUAGUGGAUAUUUGAAGAUGGCUGAGAUUUCAAUGAAAGCAUAUCUAAGGCGACCAUGGCUCUGUGACAAUGUUACAG